CCGCCGCCUCGCGCCGCUGAGGUGCCGCGCGGGGUGGGGGGAGGGGGAGCCGCUCGCCGCGAGCGGUGUAAAUGAGCAAAGAUGGAUCAGGAAGGUGGGGGAGAUGGGCAGAAGGCCCCGAGCUUCCAGUGGCGGAACUACAAGCUCAUCGUGGAUCCUGCCUUGGACCCUGCCCUACGCAGGCCUUCUCAAAAAGUGUACAGAUACGAUGGAAUCCACUUUAGUGUCAACGACUCAAAGUAUAUACCAGUGGAGGACCUCCAAGACCCCCGUUGCCACGUCAGGUCCAAAAACAGAGACUUUUCCCUCCCAGUCCCUAAGUUUAAGCUGGAUGAGUUCUAUAUCGGACAGAUCCCACUGAAAGAAGUCACAUUUGCAAGGCUGAAUGACAACGUGCGGGAGACCUUCCUGAAGGACAUGUGCCGAAAGUAUGGUGAGGUGGAAGAGGUGGAGAUCCUUCUCCACCCCCGUACUCGCAAGCACCUGGGCCUGGCCCGUGUGCUCUUCACCAGCACUCGGGGAGCCAAGGAAACAGUCAAAAACCUCCACCUUACCUCCGUCAUGGGCAACAUCAUCCAUGCCCAGCUUGACAUCAAAGGUCAACAACGAAUGAAAUACUAUGAACUGAUCGUCAACGGCUCCUACACCCCUCAGACGGUGCCCACUGGGGGCAAGGCCCUGAGUGAGAAGUUCCAAGGUUCUGGUGCAGCCACGGAGACGACCGACUCCCGCCGCCGCUCCUCGUCAGACACAGCUGCCUUCCCGGCGGGCUCAGCUGUGGUGGGCACUCCCGGCAAUGGCACCCCCUGCUCCCAAGACACAAGCUUCUCCAGCAGCCGACAGGACACCCCGUCUUCCUUCGGCCAGUUCACCCCUCAGUCCUCCCAAGGAACCCCCUACACGUCUCGGGGCAGCACCCCCUACUCUCAGGACUCUGCCUACUCCAGCAGCACCACUUCAACCUCCUUCAAGCCCCGGCGGUCAGAGAACAGCUACCAAGAUUCCUUCUCCCGCCGCCAUUUCUCCGCCUCUUCGGCCCCCACGACCACCUCUGCCGCCAUCUGCGCCACCACUGCAGCCACCGCUGCCGCCGCCGCCUCUUCCUCCUCGUUGUCUUCAUCCUCUUCGUCGUCAUCUUCUUCCUCCUCCUCUCACUUUCGAGGUUCCGACUCAAACUACCCAACGUAUUACGAAAGCUGGAAUCGCUACCAACGCCAUGCUUCCUACCCGCCCCGCCGGGCAACUCGGGAUGAGCCUCCCGGGGCCUCUUUUGCCGAAAAUACUGCUGAGCGCUUCACGCCAUCCUACACCUCCUACUUGCCCCCCGAGCCCAACCGGCCUGCUGACCAGGACUACCGGCCUCCUGCAUCUGAAGCUCCGCCCCCAGAGCCUCCAGAACCUGGUGGAGGAGGGGGCGGCGGGGGGCCCAGCCCUGAGAGAGAAGAAGCUCGAACCUCCCCUCGCCCAGCCUCACCGGCCCGUUCCGGUUCCCCAGCCCCAGAGACCACCAACGAGAGUGUGCCCUUCGCUCAGCACAGCAGCCUGGAUUCCCGCAUUGAGAUGUUGUUGAAGGAGCAGCGUUCCAAGUUUUCCUUCCUGGCCUCUGACACCGAAGAAGAGGAAGAGAACAGCAGCAUGGGCCCAGGGGCUCGGGACACAGGGAGCGAGGCCCCUUCUGGGUCUGGUCACGGGCCCUGCACACCCCCUCCAGCCCCGGCGAGUUUUGAGGAUGUGGCACCUACAGGGAGUGGGGAAACAGGCGCUACCCGGGAGUCGCCCAAGGCCAACGGACAGAACCAGGCUUCUCCAUGCUCUUCUGGAGAGGACAUGGAAAUCUCCGAUGACGACAGGGGCGGCUCACCCCCUCCGGCCCCGACACCCCCCCAGCAACCUCCGCCCCCUCCACCGCCACCUCCCCCGCCCCCUCCUUACCUGGCUUCCCUUCCCCUUGGUUAUCCUCCCCACCAGCCUGCCUACCUCCUCCCGCCGCGACCCGACGGGCCGCCUCCUCCCGAGUACCCUCCUCCUCCUCCGCCACCCCCCCACAUCUAUGACUUUGUGAACUCCUUAGAGCUCAUGGAUCGACUUGGGGCUCAGUGGGGAGGAAUGCCCAUGUCCUUCCAGAUGCAGACCCAGAUGUUAACUCGGCUCCACCAGCUGCGGCAAGGCAAAGGAUUGACCGCGACCUCAGCUGGUCCCCCCGGUGGGGCCUUUGGGGAGGCCUUUCUCCCAUUCCCGCCCCACCAAGAGGCAGCCUAUGGCCUACCAUACGCUCUGUAUGCUCAAGGGCAAGAAGGUCGAGGGGCAUACUCCCGGGAGGCCUACCACCUGCCUUUGCCCAUGGCAGCGGAGCCCCUGCCCUCCUCAGUCUCAGGAGAAGAGGCCCGGCUGCCCCCCCGGGAGGAAGCAGAGCUGGCUGAGGGCAAGGCCCUACCAUCGGCAGGCACCGUGGGCCGUGUACUGGCCACUCUGGUCCAGGAGAUGAAGAGCAUCAUGCAGCGAGACCUCAACCGCAAGAUGGUGGAGAACGUGGCCUUUGGAGCCUUUGACCAGUGGUGGGAGAGCAAGGAAGAGAAGGCCAAGCCAUUCCAGAAUGCAGCUAAACAGCAAGCCAAGGAGGAGGAUAAAGAGAAGACAAAGCUCAAAGAGCCAGGCCUGCUGUCCCUCGUAGACUGGGCCAAGAGUGGCGGUACCACUGGCAUCGAAGCCUUCGCCUUUGGAUCAGGACUGCGAGGGGCCCUGCGGCUGCCUUCUUUCAAGGUAAAGCGAAAAGAGCCUUCGGAAAUUUCAGAGGCCAGUGAGGAAAAGAGGCCCCGGCCUUCUACUCCAGCUGAGGAAGAUGAAGAUGAUGCUGAGCGAGAGAAGGAGGUUGGAGAGCCAGGCCGUCCGGGGACCAAGCCCCCGAAACGAGAUGAAGAGCGAAGCAAGACCCAGGGCAAGCACCGCAAGUCCUUUGCUCUGGACAGCGAGGGGGAGGAGGCAUCCCAGGAGUCCUCCUCAGAGAAGGAUGAGGAGGAUGAAGAGGAAGAUGAAGAAGAUGAAGAGCGUGAGGAAGCCAUGGAUGCUGCCAAGAAGGAGACAGAAGCAUCAGACGGCGAGGACGGGGAAAGCGAUUCGUCCUCCAAAUGUUCUCUGUAUGCUGACUCAGAUGGCGAGAAUGAUAGCACGUCGGACUCUGAGAGCAGCAGUUCCUCCAGCUCCUCGUCGUCUUCAUCCUCUUCGUCUUCAUCUUCGUCCUCCUCCUCCUCAUCUGAGUCCUCCUCGGAAGAAGAAGAGGAAGAGGAGCAGCCAGCAACCAUACCUUCAGCAUCGUCGCCCCCCAGAGAUGUCCCCACGCCCCUGUCAGCACCUGCAGAGGAGCCCGAGCCAGAAAGGGUUGAAGACUCCCCAGUCACACCUCUCCCCGAACAGGAGAAGUCUCCUGUGGGGCCUGCAGGUUCCACCGAGGAGCCGCCUCCCAGUGCGCCCCAGCCUCCUCCAGAGCCACUAGCUGGACCCCCGGCCCCCACCCCCCGCCCCGACGAGCGCCCUUCCUCUCCCAUCCCUCUCCUGCCCCCACCCAAGAAACGCCGGAAAACCGUCUCCUUCUCUGCUGUGGAGGAGGCACCGGCCCCAGAGCCUCCCCCCGCCGCCCUGCCACAGGUCAAGUCUGCCACCCCUGCCUCCCGCAAAGCCCCGCGGGCUGUGGAGCGGACCAUUCGCAACUUGCCCCUCGACCACGCCUCUCUGGUCAAGAGUUGGCCUGAGGAGGUGUCCCGAGGAGGCCGGAACCGGGCCGGAGGCCGGGGCCGCUCCGCCGAGGAAGAGGAGGCCGAACCCGCCACAGAAGUGGACCUGGCUGUGCUGGCUGACCUGGCCCUGACCCCAGCACGGCGUGGCCUGCUCGCCCUGCCCGCCGCCGACGACUCGGAGGCCGCAGAGACGCUCGACGAGGCGGAGCGCCCGGGCCCCCUGCUCAGCCACAUCCUCCUGGAGCACAACUACGCCCUGGCCGUCAGGCCGCCGCCGCCGCCCCCGCAGCCACCCUCCACGCCUGCCCCUCGUCCCUUGGAACCCAUUCCGGCCCCGGCGGCCCUCUUCAGCUCCCCGGCAGACGAGGUCCUCGAGGCCCCGGAGGUGGUGGUGGCCGAGGUGGAGGAGCCAAAGCAGCCGCCACAGCAGCAGGAGGAUGGGGAGGAGGAGGAAGAGGAAGAGGAGUCGGAGUCAUCGGAGAGCAGCAGCAGUAGCAGCAGCGAUGGCGAGGGCGCCACCCGGCGGCGCAGCCUCCGCUCCCACACGCGGCGCCGGCGGCCGCCCCCGCCCCCGCCGCCGCCGCCGCCCCCCACUUUCGAUCCCCGCAGCGAGUUUGAGCAGAUGACCAUCCUCUAUGACAUUUGGAACUCGGGCCUGGACUUGGAGGACAUGAGCUACCUGCGGCUGACGUAUGAGCGGCUUCUGCAGCAGACUAGUGGGGCCGACUGGCUGAACGACACCCACUGGGUCCAGCACACCAUCACCAACCUGAGCACUCCGAAACGCAAGCGGCGGCCCCAAGAUGGGCCCCGGGAACACCAGACAGGCUCAGCCCGCAGCGAAGGCUACUACCCCAUCAGCAAGAAGGAGAAGGACCGGUACCUGGAUGUGUGCCCUGUCUCGGCCCGGCAGCUGGAAGGAGUGGAUACUCAGGGGACUAACCGUGUGCUUUCGGAGCGCCGGUCGGAGCAGCGGCGGCUGCUGAGUGCCAUCGGCACUUCUGCUAUCAUGGACAGCGAUCUGCUGAAGUUAAACCAGCUCAAGUUCCGGAAGAAGAAGCUCCGAUUCGGCCGGAGCCGGAUCCACGAGUGGGGACUGUUUGCCAUGGAACCCAUCGCCGCUGAUGAGAUGGUCAUCGAAUACGUGGGUCAGAACAUUCGCCAGAUGGUGGCUGACAUGCGGGAGAAGCGCUAUGUGCAAGAGGGCAUUGGCAGCAGCUACCUGUUCCGGGUAGACCAUGACACCAUCAUCGACGCCACCAAGUGCGGCAACCUGGCGAGGUUCAUCAACCACUGCUGCACGCCCAACUGCUAUGCCAAGGUGAUCACCAUCGAGUCCCAGAAGAAGAUCGUGAUCUACUCGAAGCAGCCGAUUGGUGUGGAUGAGGAGAUCACCUACGACUACAAGUUCCCGCUGGAGGACAACAAGAUCCCGUGUCUGUGCGGCACGGAGAGCUGCCGCGGCUCCCUCAACUGAGGUGGGGCAGGACUGGUGCCCUCCCCCCUAUUUAUUCCCCCUCGCCGCCCUGAGCUCCCAGCGCUCCCAGCCUUAGUGGGCUCAGUGGGGCCCACCUGCCCCCUCUUGGAAUGCGGGCUUGGGGGCCCUGAGCUCAGCGAGGGGGCCUGAGUCCCGUGAGGCACCUUCUGCGGGCCCUCUCUUACCCCUGCCCUCUUUCCCACCCCCCCAAUUUUUUUUCUUUGCGGAGAAGAAGCUGUAAAUGUUUUGUAGCUGCCAGCAGCUGUUUCCUGUGGAAACCUGGGGUGCCGGCCUGUACAGAUCCUGUUCUUGGGGGGCCUCCCAGCCCCCAUGCUUUGUGUUAAUGGGGACUCCCCCUCUGUGCCCUGCGUGCACCCCUCCCCAGUUUAGGGGUCUCUGGGGGCAGUGGCCAUGUUCUCCCCCUGGAGGGGGCCCUGCGCCCCCAGUCCUGGGGACUCUGUGCCUGGAACCCUGCCUCAUCUGUUCCUGCCAGACCCGUGGGUCACCCUCCCAUCUGGUGUCUGGAAGCUCUGGCUUUGCCAGGCCAGGAUGGUGGGGGGCAGGCCCUUCCUGUUGGGCUGGACUGUACAUAUGUUAAUAGCGCAAACCC